AUGUUGUUGCGGUUGCUGAUGAGCUAUUACAAUCCAUUGUUGGUGUGGUCAACUUGUGUCUAUCUGGGUGCUUGUCCAUCCAUUCUCGGUGAUUAUGUUGCCAGUGCCCCUUUAACUCCUCUUCUCAAACCAGAUGGAGGUGUUAGGCCCAUCGCAGUUGGUAUUUUUUGGAGGAGGUUGUGUUCCAAACUUGCAACAACUUCAGUUUGCAAGAACAUUCUUCCAUACUUGAGAACAUAUCAACAUGGUGUUGGUGUUCCAUGUGGCGGUGAAGCUAUCUUACAUGCUGCAAACAGGCUUCUCGAGACAAAAGCAUCUCCAAAAUGGGUUGAAUUUUGUUACUCUAAACCUGCUAGGCUAUACUACAGUGAUACUACUCUAUCUUCUGCCAAAGGGGUUCAGCAGGGUGAUCCAUUGGGUCCGCUCUUAUUCGCUUUAGCAUUGCACCCCCUUGUUCUUCAGAUUGCUGCACAAUGCACUUUGGACAUGCAAGCAUGGUACCUCGACGACGGUACAAUUGUAGGAGAUACUCUUGAAGUUGCGAAGGCUUUGGACAUCAUACAGAAUGAAGGUCCUAAGAGAGGCUUACAUCUGAAUGUUACCAAGACGGAAUUAUUCUGGCCUACUAUCGAUCCAAGACGCAAUGAAGUGGGAGUCUUCCCUGCCAAUAUUUGCAAACCUAUAUCAGGCGUAAAACUACUAGGUGGACCUGUCAGUUUAAACACUAAUUUUUAUAGUGAUAUGGUCACCAGCAGGGUCGAUAAAACCAUAGCAUUGAUGCAAAAGAUCCAGAAGUUGCAUGAUCCACAAUGCGAAAUUCUGCUUAUCCGUAAUUGUGCUGGCAUAUCAAAACUCUACUUUACUCUCAGGAAAACCAACCCACAAGCAUUACAAGUUGCUUCUUCUCACUACGCCAAGCACCUUCUCGACUAUCUGAGGCAAAUCAUUGUAGGCGACGGUGCAGGUUUUGGCUUAGUGCAACAACGUCUUGCAACCUUGCCUAUUAAAGACGGAGGCUUGGGAGUCUACACUAUGAAAGAUACCAGUACAUAUUGUUACCUUGCAUCUUAUGCACAAACUAAGCACCUGCAGCACACCACCUUGCAACCUACAUCUUCAGAUUUUAUGCUCUCUAGCCUCCCCUUCAAUGAGCGUGAGUCGAUCAUUUGGCGAUGCAACAAAACAGAACAUGCCAUGGAUUUUCUGAAAGUCAUUCCUAUUACUGGGCUCAACCAGUCUGUUGGUCCUAGACAAUUUCAGUCUGUCCUCCAAUAUCGCUUGGACAUACCAAUGUUUGUUGCUGAUAGUGUUUGUUCUAGCUGUGCUAAGCCGAUGGAUAUCUACGGAGACCAUGUUGUGCACUGUGCUAAAGACGUGGGACCUAAAUACAGACAUGAUAUGGUAAGAGAUUUGAUCUCGGAAAUAUGCUACAAGGCUUCUAUUCCUGCCCAGGAAGAGGUUUCGUUGGGAUUUCUUUCUAACAAUGACAAUGAUCUUAAGCUGGCAGAUAUCUUAGUACACAGCUGGGAGGAUGGGAAGGAUGCGUGCUUUGACAUAACAGGAGUCUCACCUUUCACUGGUGCACGUACUCGGAUGUUCACCCCUGGACAAGCCAUUACCGCUGCUGUCACACGCAAAAAUAAUAAAUAUCUUGACAAGUGCAUUAGUAAUGGUUGUGGUUUCGGUGUCUUGGCUUUCACUACUUUAGAAGAGUUGAGUUGUGACUUUAUUGUUUUUAUAAAGAGGUUGAGUAACCGCCUUGCUAGUCACGAUGUGAACUACAAAGUUGGCAGUUUACUCUUCCAUAGACUAGGUAUUAUUAUUGAGAGAGGAGUUGGAGCCCAGACUGUCGCUAGGAUGCCAACUAACCACUUGUAA